CAGGUCAUUGACUGUUUUGUUGCAGCAGACCGCCGGUCUGGUUCGGGCGCCUGUGGCCUGUCCGUGCCGUACCUCGGGAUGAGACCUGCUGUCCUACAAAGCACGACUUAACUUUUUUAUGUAUCCAUUCCUGGUCUGCUCCGCUGCUUGUUUCAUGAGGGUUUAUUGCAAUGGUCUGGCGUAGUUGGGCACCUGUACAGCUCCUGGUGUGGCUGGCAGUAUCUGAGACUCUUGGAAUCCUUCAGCGUAUGCUGCUGUAAAGCUGAAAAGUGACUUAUUUGAGAAGUACAAAGAGCGAGCAGAAAUGCAUCAAAGGAUGGAGGACGAGGCAGUACUGGAUAGAGGGGCUUCCUUCCUUAAACAUGUAUGUGAUGAAGAAGAAGUGGAAGGUCAUCACACUAUUUACAUUGGGGUCCACGUGCCGAAGAGCUAUAGGAGAAGGAGGCGUCACAGAAGACGACCUGGGCACAAAGAAAAGAAAGAAAAGGAGAAAAUCUCUGAGAACUACUCCGACAAAUCAGACGUAGAAAAUGCUGAUGAGACAAGCAGCAGCAUCCUUAAACCGCUCAUCUCCCCUGCUGCCGAACGCAUCCGCUUCAUCCUCGGAGAGGAAGAUGACAGCCCGGCGCCCCCGCAGCUCUUCACGGAGCUGGAUGAACUUCUGGCCGUUGAUGGACAAGAGAUGGAAUGGAAGGAGACUGCAAGGUGGAUCAAGUUUGAGGAGAAGGUAGAACAAGGUGGGGAGCGAUGGAGCAAACCUCACGUGGCCACCUUGUCCCUGCACAGCCUGUUUGAGUUAAGGACGUGUAUAGAGAAAGGCUCGAUAAUGCUGGAUAUGGAGGCCACUUCUCUCCCACAGGUGGUGGAAAUGAUCGUUGACAAUCAGAUCGAGACGGGGCUUUUGAAAUCAGAACUGAAGGACAAAGUCACCUACACGCUGCUCAGGAAGCACCGGCACCAGACCAAGAAGUCCAACCUGCGCUCUCUGGCUGACAUUGGAAAGACCGUCUCCAGUGCAAGUAGGAUGUUUACCAACCCCGAUAAUGGCAGCCCAGGCAUGACUCACAGAAACCUGACUUCCACCAGUCUGAAUGACAUCUCUGACAAGCCUGAGAAAGAUCAGCUGAAGAACAAAUUCAUGAAGAAAUUGCCCCGUGAUGCUGAGGCCUCCAAUGUGCUGGUGGGGGAGGUAGACUUCCUGGAGACUCCUUUCAUUGCCUUCGUCCGGCUGCAGCAGGCGGUCAUGCUGGGUGCUCUGACUGAAGUCCCCGUACCUACCCGGUUUCUCUUCAUUCUGCUGGGACCGAAGGGCAAAGCAAAGUCCUAUCACGAGAUCGGCCGAGCCAUCGCCACGCUGAUGUCGGAUGAGGUAUUCCAUGACAUUGCCUAUAAAGCCAAGGACCGGCAGGACCUGAUCGCUGGCAUCGAUGAGUUUCUGGAUGAAGUCAUUGUGCUCCCCCCCGGGGAAUGGGAUCCGGCCAUUAGGAUAGAGCCCCCCAAGUCUCUUCCUUCUUCUGAUAAAAGGAAAAACAUGUACUCCGGUGGAGAGAAUCUGCAGAUGAACGGAGACACGCCUCACGACGGAGGACACGGCGGCGGGGGCCACGGGGACUGUGAAGAACUGCAGCGAACUGGCAGAUUCUGUGGUGGCUUAAUCAAAGACAUAAAGAGGAAAGCACCAUUCUAUGCCAGUGAUUUCUACGAUGCUUUAAAUAUUCAAGCCCUUUCAGCCAUUCUUUUCAUCUACCUGGCCACGGUGACCAACGCUAUCACUUUUGGAGGACUGCUUGGUGAUGCUACGGAAAACAUGCAGGGCGUGCUGGAGAGCUUUCUGGGCACAGCAGUCACCGGUGCGAUAUUUUGCCUUUUCGCUGGUCAGCCACUCACCAUUUUGAGCAGCACAGGACCUGUCCUUGUCUUUGAACGGCUUCUCUUUAAUUUCAGCAAAGACAACGGUUUUGACUACCUGGAGUUUCGUCUCUGGAUCGGCCUUUGGUCAGCCUUCCAGUGUCUCAUCCUUGUCGCUACUGACGCCAGCUUCCUGGUCAAGUACUUCACCCGCUUCACCGAAGAAGGUUUCUCCUCCCUUAUUAGCUUCAUCUUCAUUUACGAUGCUUUCAAGAAGAUGAUCAAGCUGGCAGAUCAUUACCCGAUCAACUCCGAGUUCAAGGUGGACUAUAUCACGCAUUACUCUUGUGCCUGUGAACCAUCAGACCCAGUUAAUAGCUCGUUAUUUAACAGGACAACGGUGCCGUCGGCCAGUGAGCUGUUCCAUUCCUCUGCUGAGACGUACAACACCACCAUUGACUGGUCAUCUCUGACAAAGGAGGAAUGCUUGAAAUACGGAGGACAGCUUGUGGGCAACAACUGUGGGUAUGUCCCUGACAUCACCCUCAUGUCUUUCAUCCUCUUUUUUGGCACUUACACCUGCUCCAUGGCCCUGAAGAAAUUCAAGACCAGUCGCUAUUUUCCAACCACUGCCCGGAAGCUCAUCAGUGACUUUGCCAUAAUCUUGUCCAUUUUGAUUUUCUGUGGAAUAGAUGCCCUGGUAGGUGUGGACACACCAAAACUGAUUGUGCCAAGUGAAUUCAAGCCAACCAGUCCCGAGAGGGGUUGGUUUAUCCCACCUUUUGGAGGGAACCCGUGGUGGGUGUACCUGGCAGCAGCCAUCCCUGCACUGCUGGUGACUAUCCUCAUCUUCAUGGACCAGCAGAUCACAGCCGUCAUCGUCAACAGGAAGGAGCACAAGCUCAAGAAAGGUGCUGGAUAUCAUCUGGAUUUGUUCUGGGUGGCCAUUCUGAUGAUCAUAUGCUCCUUUAUGGGUCUGCCCUGGUACGUUGCUGCUACCGUGAUCUCCAUCGCUCACAUCGACAGCUUGAAGAUGGAGACGGAAACUUCAGCCCCUGGAGAACAGCCCAAGUUUUUGGGAGUGAGGGAGCAGAGAGUCACUGGAGUCAUCGUUUUCAUUCUGACCGGGGUGUCUGUCUUCAUGGCUCCCAUCCUAAAGUUCAUUCCCAUGCCUGUGCUCUACGGCGUCUUCCUCUACAUGGGUGUCGCUUCCCUCAAUGGCGUGCAGUUCAUGGAUCGUCUGAAGCUGCUCUUGAUGCCUCUAAAACACCAGCCUGACUUUAUCUACCUGCGCCACGUCCCGCUGCGCAGGGUCCAUCUGUUCACCUUCCUGCAGGUGUUGUGCCUGGCCCUCCUCUGGAUCCUCAAGUCGACCGUGGCUGCUAUCAUAUUCCCUGUCAUGAUCCUGGCACUUGUAGCAGUCAGAAAAGCCAUGGACUACCUCUUCUCCCAGCAUGACUUAAGCUUUCUUGACGACGUCAUUCCAGAAAAGGACAAGAAGAAGAAAGAGGACGAGAAGAAGAAGAAGAAGAAGAAGGGCAGUGUGGACAGUGACAACGAUGAUUCUGACUGCCCCUACUCAGAAAAAGUCCCAAGUAUUAAAAUACCAAUGGACAUCAUGGAGCAGGAACCUUUCCUAAGUGAUAGCAAACCUGCCGACAGAGAAAAAUCACCAACAUUCCUUGAACGCCACACGUCGUGCUGAUACAAUUCCUUUCCUUCGCUCACACGCCAUGCCAAGCCCUCCACGAACUCCAGUAAAAGUUGUGCCUCAAAUUAGAAUAGAACUUGAGCCUGAAGACAAUGGUUAUUUCUGGAGGAGCAAGGGAACAGAAACUACUUUGUAAUUUGUCUGUCUGUUAAAUCUUUUAUGGAAUUUAUUUUGUCACUAGCCAAAUACUAAAACGCUCUCCGCUCCCCACCUGCAUAGGUAAACGAGACAUCCCGCGCUGCCCCUCCACCCUCGCCCCGCAGACCUCCUCUGAUCCCCCCCGGCCCCGUUCUCCCACGCUGACCAAGACUCGUUUUGCCGCCUCUGUCGCCCCGACACGCGCGCACCUCUCAUGUGCAUGCAGAGGGCGGAGGCGUUACGGGUAUCGUGUCCCUGUGGGAGGUGUCGGAGGAACCGGCGUUACUGUAGUUGUGAAUCGGUGUUUGUCUGUCUGUCGUCUGGCAGAACAGAACUGACCUCCAGGCUAAUUCCAAGGCUUGCUUACACUGCUCGAAGAUGCUGGAAAGUGCUGCUAAUACUAACUCGCCCCUAAAGCCUGUACUUGUAGUUAACGCGGGAAGGAAAAGGAAAAGGUACUUCACUCCCAGCACAGACAAACCAUUGCCAUCGUUGUAGCGUGUGUUUUGAAACGUCCCUUUCCUAUGCAAUUUUUUUUUUUAAAGAAACACUUUAAUGGACUUAAUCCGUCAGGUACAUUGAAGAGUGUUAUUUUCCUAGAUUACUUUAAAUUAUGGGGGCCUAACCUACGACUUUUUUUUUUUUUUUGUCAAUUUUUUUAACCUUUUUUUAAUUACUGUAAAGAAAAAUGAAUUUUUCCUGCAGCAGGAAACAUAUAGUUAUGAGUAGUUCUACCUCUUCUUUCUAGAUGCCAGGCUUUCUGUAAAAAAAAAAAAAAAUAAUGUAUUGUACCAUAUACAAUGUGAUUUUUACAAAAAAAAAAAAAAGAAAAAAAGAAAAAAAAAAAAAGAAAAAAAGAAACCCAAACAAAACAAAACCGCACCACCGCACCACAAUCCCCAGGACGUGGCACAGGGCUGGAUCAGUUUGAUUAACACCUUCUACUCUGAAGCAUCUGUUUUACUUAGGGUCAUGUUGUUUUGUUGUUUGAUUUUUUUUUAAUUUUUUUUUUUAAUAAGUAACCUAACUUUACUGUGAAGGAGACGGGAUGUAACUUAAAUCUCUUGUGGUUUAGGAAGAGUCUUAAAUCUAAUGGUGGUUAAGCGAAAUACUGACCGGCUACCGGCGUCAGGGGUCAGACGCUGAUUGUAUUCGUGUCGCUGAUUACCCUACGCGGUAUUGUUCGAAUUAUUUCUUCCGGCACACCAGCGCGCGUAGGCGCAGGCAUGAGGCGACCCCCCGCUGCACUUGGGGCGCGGUGACAGCGCGGCGGCGGAGACAGACGGCUGAAGGUGGCCUGCUGGGUUGUUCCUCCCACCGCUCGUGUUGGCCAGGCUCACAGGCAUUGCAUCCUCUAGCAUCCCACAUCUGUUGACCGUCACCUACGGAACUCACCCUAAAUUUUCAGUGCUCGGCGCUAGACCCGUCCAUCCGUACGCGGUGAUGCGCCAGCGCCAAGCAGGCUCGGCACGGGCAGGCCCAGGCUUUCGGUUGUAAGCCAGGCGAGCAAACAUCGCCUUGGGAGAGAUGGUUUUCUCUCCGUAGCGCCUACGCCCUUGUGUGUGCACGUGAACGUGCGCUCGGGAAACUGGACUUCACCAAGGCGUUUCUGUGAUGAAACGUGAGGACUACGUGUAACAUGCUGAAAGCUUCAUCAAAAAAAAAAAUAAAAGGAGGGGAAAAAAAAAAAGCCCAGGUGUAAGGGCUAAUUCCCCAGUGGAGAAGAAUGCCGCCGCAGAGGACAGGGACGUUGCUGCCACUUCUGUCUUUGCUAAACCAAAGUCCGUGUUGGUUAAGGAAACAGAAACUCACGAUGGUGCUGAGACCUCACAUGCCAAAUGCUAGCAUCUCCUCGCUCGUAGAAGUCAUUCCGGCAACGGGAGGUACAGAAUAGAGCUGCUGUUCUCUUUCCCAGACGUGCUGUAGAAGCAGCCGGGCACCUUAACUUUCCCUACCGUGCUUAGGUUCAAGGAUGAGUUAGUCGAUGAGGGACUGCGAUGGUUUGAGCUCGAUCUGCUGCGGCACGGGUGGAGCUGCAGAGGCGCCUGCGCUGCCCACGCACGCCCGUGCGUUCCCCGGCUCGUUCUCGAGGGGGUCUCACUUUCGGCUUCCAUGAAAUGUGUGUUGACCCUCGGAGGGACGCGCCGGGAACCCAGCCCAAACCCGCUUGGGAAAGGCUGGGGAGACGCUGGAAACGGCCAGAAAAGGAGCGGCUCUGUGGUCCCUUCUGCUGCCAGGCCCCGCUAGCUGGAGGACAGAUAACCUGGGAAGUGCGACGCCGGCUUCGGCCGGCGGUUCCCCUCCCUUGGUGAAGACAAGGGGGCUCCCAAAGGGGAAACGGGCUCGAGCGUCACCCACGGCGCGCGCGGGAGCUGGUUGUGUUUUGCCCAGACCUUUGUUUUGUAGGAAUUCCGGUAAGUGACGGAGGAAAGAUGAAACCAGAUGACAGAAACGGGGUCUUCCACUCCCGAACCGUGUUAAAUGUACUUGAAAUGUGUUGCCUGCUGAUCUAGACCUCUCUCUCUUUAUUUUUUUUUACUUUUUUUUUUUUAUUAUAACCCGAGGGAGCUCAUACAGAGGGCGGCGUUGCUGAAGGCACGGGACAAAGGUUUCUGUAGCUUUCCAUGAAAAACACGCAGCUCUGGUGACAGGAGCUGGAAAGGUUUCCUUGCCUGGUGCCUGCCGGGAGCGCUUUGGUGGCGGCGGUGUCUCCUUUCUUGGUUUUUCCUUUAAAAAAACAAACCAAAACCCAACGCAAAGAACAACCGGGAGCUCUGCCGGCAGGGAAAGGAGCCUGCAGGCGUCACAAGGAAAGUUCCACCGCACUUCUUAGACCUUUGAAAAUAACUAAAACUUACUUGUAAUCAGAAUUGGGGAUUCUGUGGGAAAAGCCUGGGGGAGCACUUAUGGAAAGAGGUGUGGAGACAGACCCAAAGCCCUCAGAAAUCAGAGGCAGCUGUCAGGAAACGACCUGCCCAGAGCAAAACGGGGCUGGGUCCCGCUGGGACCCCGCGACAGCCACCCCGCUGCAGGCAGCUUUGUCCCGGCCCCGGGAGCGUGGUGGCCGCCUGCCUCUGUAGCCCACGCUCGCUUGUCAUCGUGGCCGAUACAUCUUUGGGUUGUUUUGUUGUUUUUUUGUGGUUUUGUUUUUUUUUUUUUUUUUUUGAAUCAACACGCACUUUCAGAUACUUUUAUUAUUGUUUUUAAUUCUCGUAAGUCUAUUUGCUUUGGAGGAAAGAAUAAAAACCUAGUAUAAAAUGAAGUGGAUCAAGAUGGUGGAACAAAACGGAAAAAAAAAAAAAAGCAGAAAACAUUUCAAUAUAUUAAAAUGAUUUUUUUUUCCAGUAAUAUAAAACAUGAAAUUCCUUAUAACAUAAUAGUAUUUUACAGUUUUAUGAAGCUUUCUAUUGUGACUUUUAUGGAAUCAAAAGAUGAAGAUGAUGAGAUAUUUUAGCAUUUAUAUUUUUCAAAAUUAAAUGUAUACUGAAAAUAAAGUAACUUUAUGCAUUUA